GCUGAAGAAAAAAAAGUGUUCGGCGACUCCGUGGGGGAAAAAUUUCGCAGUUGAGUUUUGCAUGUGAAAAGCGUCAUCAGCAGUGAAUUUCAUUGAAACUUUCAAGUGAUUUGUGAUUUUGUAUGUGAAGAAUUUUUAUCAACUGAAUUAUUUAAGAUGGAGAAUAAGAAACCAAGUAAUUUUUUAUAAAAGACAAAUUCAAGUUGACAAUUCGGUUGGUUUUCUGUAUUGGACGUGUGAGAAAAAUGUUUCUACCAGUUAAACCAAACACCGCUGACGAUGGUGUUCAGCAUAAUUCAACUCAAACUCCAAGUGACAUGACACCACCGAUCCCAAACGGUGAUGAAUUCCUACCUCAAGCACAUCAUCAAAACCCCGGACAUUGCAUUGCUUCAUUUUCUACCAUAAAUCGAAUGAGACUUAAUACACAAUUGUGCGAUGUUAAGUUAGCUGUGGGAGGUGAAAUCAUCAAUGCUCAUAAAGUAAUUUUAGCUGCUGCAUCGCCUUAUUUCUACGCCAUGUUUAAUGACGAUAUGCUUGAACGUAAUAAAGAUGUUGUUGAACUACACGACAUUGACGCGCCCUCAUUGAAGCAAUUAAUUGAUUUUGCUUAUACUGGAGAGAUUAUUAUCACUGAAGAGAACGUGCAAGUGCUUUUGCCAGCAUCGAGUCUACUUCAAAUACAAUCAGUGCGGGAAGCAUGUUGUAAAUUUCUAUUACGUCAGCUUCAUCCAUCUAAUGUUCUUGGCAUCAGAAGCUUUGCAGAUGCCCAUAGCUGCAGAGAAUUACAUUCAAAAAGCCAUCGUUUUGCUCUUCAGAAUUUUCAACAAGUCAUUUCAACCGAGGAAUUCCUUCUAUUAGGAUUUAAUGAGGUACAAGAUUUGAUAUCAAACACGCAACUCAACAUAAGCAGUGAAGAGAAAGUGUUUACAGCUGUAUUAAAUUGGAUAAAGCAUGAUUUGGUCGAACGCAAAAAGCACAUUGCCGAGUUGAUAUCAAAUGUACGUUUGCCGCUGUUGAAUCGCGAAUUUUUAAUGGAAAAUGUCGAGACAGAGCCACUUGUAAGAGAGGAUCAACAUUGCAAAGAGCUUUUACUUGAAGCAAUGAAAUAUCACCUGUUGCCUGAACAGAGAAGUUCACUCGUGUCUCAGCGUACUUUAGAACGAAAACCAGAAGGAAUGAAGCCCUACGUUUUCGCUGUUGGUGGUGGAAGUUUAUUUGCGAUACAUAACGAAUGCGAAGUUUACAAUCCGAAAACGAAUAACUGGGCGGCUAUAGCGCCCAUGAUUUCCCGUCGUUCGCGUGCUGGUGUUGCAAGUUUGAGAAAAAUGCUUUGGGUCUGUGGAGGCUACGAUGGAGAAAAUGAUUUAGCUACAGCUGAAUGCUAUAAUCCAUUGACAAAUGAAUGGCGACCAAUCACGCCAAUGGGAACAAAACGAAGCUGUCUUGGAACAUGUGCAUUCGACGGUCUUCUCUAUGUUUGUGGUGGCUAUGAUGGGGCAAGCUGUUUGUCAUCAGUUGAACGAUUUGAUCCAUUGACUGGCAUUUGGUCAAGUUGUCCGGCAAUGAGCACAAGAAGACGAUAUUGUCGCGUAGCCGUUCUGGAUAAUUGUAUUUAUGCUCUGGGUGGUUUUGAUUCAAGUAAUUAUCAAUCAUCAGUUGAACGAUUUGAUCCACGAAUUGGAAGUUGGAUGGCGAUGCCUUGUAUGACUUCAAGGCGCAGCAGCUGUGGAGUUGCAGCUUUGGAAUAUUUAUAUUGCAUUGGAGGAAGUGAUGGUACAAUGUGCAUGAGUUCCGGGGAACGUUUCAAUCUUAGAACAAACUCAUGGGAGCCAAUCAACUCAAUGAACUCUCGACGUUCAACUCAUGAAGUUGUUGAAGCUGGUGGAUUACUAUACGCUCUUGGAGGAAAUGAUGGAUCGAGUUCUUUAAAUUCUGUUGAAAGAUUCGAACCUCUUCUUAAUAAAUGGACGAUUGUAACAAGCAUGUUUACUAGAAGGUCAUCUGUUGGUGCUUCAGUACUGGAAUGUUUCAACUUAGAGCGUGAACUUUUACAAACAUCAAUAUGACCGCAAAUGUCAACAUCGUUGUCGAUUGAAAAAGAUCAUGUCUCUUCGGGAUGUAGUAAUGCUUAAACUUUUCACCCAAGACAGAAAAAAAGUUCUAUAAAAUAAAUCGCAGCAUUACUUUCGAGUUUCUUUUUUACUCAAGAAUCCCAAAGCAUAAAAUAACUAGUAAUAAUCUCAAGUAUUAUAAACAAUCACGACGCCUUGUGUAAACGAUGUCAGGCAAUGAAAAAUUAAGUUAAAAUUUCUUGCUUACCGAAGGGACAACCUGGAGACAACCAAGUUAAUGGACAACACGAAGAAAAUUUGAAAAAUUAAUUGUGAAAAGUUGAAUUUAAUGUUCGCAGUAGCAGUAGACGAGAAUGAUGUUAAUGCAGUUCAGUAGCUUAGUUUUUUUCUCGCUCAUUACAAUUUGUUAAUUGAAUUUUAUCUUUCAUCUCUUUUUUUGGCAUUUAUCUUUUAAUUCAAUUAAGAGAUGCACAAAACUUGUUUCUCACUUCUCUUUUAAAAACUCCAGUUGAUUAAAAUUUUAACACGGAUUUAGUUAAUUAGCAUGUAGGCGCUUAGAACACCUAGAACAGCGUACAAAUUCCUUUUAAUUAAAAAAAAAGGUUCAUGACGUGAUUGCCUUUGUCACUCCAUUCUACAUCUUAUUAGUCUUGAAUCUUAAUGAACUUGGACAAUUGGUCAAUAGUUUUUAUGUGAAGAAAUUUAUUUUCUAAAUGCUUUGAUUGCAAAUUGCAAGCACUCUUCAAUUAUUUAGAAAUAAAUGACCAAAGAAUUUUUUAAAAAAGAAAUAGCAAAUGCAUGCAACUAAAGGACCACGCUUUUAACUUUGAGUUGAAGAGAAAAAAAAUUCAUGUGUGUUUGAAAUUGAAAUUUAAAAUUAAAUUUAAGACUGGUGGUUGGCAGCAGCGGUCGAUAAAGACUGUGAUAACAUGGUUUGAAUGGAGAAGGAAAAGAAGAAAAUGAUGGAGACUUGUGCAGUUGUCAAUGUACCUUAAACUUAACAAAAUAUUAUAUAAAAUAUGAUGAUACAAUCAUUUUGUUGCACUGUGUCAUGAAUAAAUUUCACAUUCCUGGUUUAGUUGUUGUGGUUGUUGUUGUUGCUGUUGAAAAGUACGCUGAAAGACGAAAUCACGAAGAGAAUUUUAAGUGAUUUUCCAUAAUAACAUGUUUUUGAUUACAUGGAAAAGCUUAAACAAAAUUUCCUUUCUUUAAUAAACUUGUCGAUGCUGAUGCUUCGAGUUAACACGUUUUAUGUAAAAUACUUCGUGGCUUCGCGCUUAAGCCGUUUAGUGCAGCAAACAGCAGACAUGUUGGGAAGAGGAGGAAGUAGAGAAGCGUCGUAAUCAUAUUUUAAUCAGGAAUUGCUUAAAAUUCAUAAAUGUUUGCCAUUACGAGGAAUUAAAUUACAAAAGUUCAAUUCAUAACAGAAUAAAAACAUUAAGAAAAUAUAAAGAUAAUCAAAUCCAACUGCCACUGCCAUGUAAGGAUUUUUCAACUCAGUACACGUUUAAGACAUUUACAAGAAACUUUAAUGAAAAUAUAUUCGCUCUCUCGAUCUCUUUCCUAACUUUAUAUCGAAUUAAUACAAGAAAAAGAAGAAAAUAAACAAUAUUAAAUGUGAAACAAGCAUUAAAUCUCAUAAGCGAACAAAUUAUUCGUCUAAUAAAAUACAUUCCAUAGGAAAUUUUAUUUUGUUGAUCUUUCGCAAUUUGAAACCAAUCAUCCUUUUCUUUUCAGUUAGGAAAAACCACUUUAACUGCUUUAUCAAUGGCUUUAAGUGAAGAAGUUCCGUUUGAUCCCUCACCU